AUGUCCGAAGAGCUACCCCAGGCAGCCAUGGAGGAUGCCCCGCCGUCACAUCGCGAUGACGAGUCGGAGGCAUCCGAGGAUGAGAGCGAAGAGGAAGCGCCCGCGGAGCUCAUGGUCACGUCCAGGGCCAAGCGAUCCAAUGCCGGCAAUCGCAUGUCCAUCCUGCUCGCCAAAUCGGCCGAGGAGGAGGAAUGGGGCGAGGAGUGGGAGGAGGCGCCAAACGAGGAGGAGUUCCAAGGCGGUGACAUCAACGAGCAGGAGGACUACAACAUGGAUUCGUCAUCGUCAGAAGAGGGUGAUGACGAUGCCGACGAGGACGAGGCGGGCGAGAAGGAGCUGCGCAAGGCCGAGCGACAAGAGCGUAAUAAGAAGCGCAAAGCCACAACGAAUCCCUUCACUGCACGAGUCGCCGCCCAAGCACGCAAGAAGGUCAAGCUCGACGUCCCCCGCACACAGUCGCCCACGCUUGCGCCCCCGCGACCCAAGAAGAAGUCCGAGAGGGCAUCAUGGCUACCCACCGAAGAGGAUGGCCCGGUUCGAAUGUCGAUGCGCAAGCAGACAGUGGCAAACAAGGAUGCCACGCUGGCCAAGCUGAAGGAGAAGGACCGGAGGCGCGAUGACACCCUGGCUAUGAUGAAGGCUGCAGAGGCGCGGAAGAUGAAGUCCAAGGAGAAGCCUUUGACCCAGGCUGAGAGGCUUGCUGAGGCUGCUCGAAAUGAGCGCAUCAACAAGAAAACCCUGCACAGAUGGGAAGAGGCAGAGGAAGCCAGGGCAGCAGAGAGGCAGGCCAAGAUUGACGCCCUGAAGAAUCGACAGAUCGAUGGGCCCUUCUACCGGUACUACAGCGGGCCGGGCAUCUGGGUCGAUGAUAAGCUCAAGUACACAGGCAAGGACGCACCGAGUCUGGAGCAUCUCGAGGAAAAGCUCAACAAGGAGGUCACAGCUGCGGAGACAUCGACGCAGUCAGAGUCUACGCAGCUACCGGUACAAGCUCCGGAUAACCAAGCAGAUAAUUCACAGCCUUCUUUUCCGUCUCUUGAUCAGUUCAGUAGCUCAACACACAUGUCGCCAAUACCCGCAACCAUGCCCCCACAACAAGAUAAUUCACAACAACAACCUUGGACAGCAGCAGCCUCACAAGGCGGCGACGUAUUCAUGGGCUCGUUCGGCAUGCAGCAUCCCAGCACGGUAAUGUUUGCACCACCAAGUCAAGAUUCGUUUCUUUAUGGCAUCGAUCAGUACGCCCAAGACCAGCAAUCCCAGCCCAUGCAUGGCAACGAACUUCCUCCGUUCCCUUUUACGGAAGCCUCUACCUUCCAGAAUCAACAGCAUCAACCUUCAGACGCACAAACAGCCCUCUUCAACCAAUUACAUCCCUCUCUACCCCAGCAAAACGGCGACUCCGCAAUCGGCCCCCAAGCCCUGCUCGCACAGUUCCAAAAACCCGCCUUACCCCCUCAGCCACCGCGACGCAAAGUCAUUCGCCGAGCUCUCCGCAACCUCCUCAUCCUCUCCAACUUUCCCAACCUAGAAGCCCCACCAACAUCCUCCUCGCGAGCCAGAACAGCAGCCUCUCUCCUCAAAGAAAAGGACAAGUCGGCUUUAGUACAACUAUACACAGCACUCUUCAACUGGACCCCCGCCGAAGCCGCAAACUACAUCCAACAAACCCUCAUCGCGCCCCCAAAACCACCCCGGAAGAACGCCGCACCCAAAGCCGAGCCCGAGAUUGUCCUCAAGCCAGGCCAAAAGCUCUGUCCUAUCACCAACACCAUUGCCCGGUACCGCGACCCGGAAACGGGUAUCGCAUACCGCGACGCCCGCGCAUUCGGCGUGUUGAGAGGUGUAGUCGGAGGCGGUUUCGUCUGGAGCGGCGAUUUGGGAUGUUAUGUGGGAGGCAGAGCCAAACCACUGGAGAGUAUGGGUGGAAAGGGCUUUCUGGGUAUGCCGCCGGCGAAGAACGUGCCGAGACGGUUUUGGGAGAUGAGUAGUCCGAGUAGGAAGGUUGUCGCGCCGCCGCCGCCGCCGACACCUACGCCGGCUGCGAAGGUGCAGGAGCCGGUGCAGAACGAGGUGAAGGGUGAGGAAGGGGAGAAGGAGGGAGAAAAGGAGGCGGCUGCGGAGAACAUCACUCUUGCUGCGCCAGGUGGCGGCGAGAAAACGAGUCCUAAGCCUGUUGAAGCGGGGAUUGCGGCUGUAGAGUGA